CGCAACAGAUGAGAUGAACGAGAUUUAGCAGUGAAACGUGAUAGAAAGUUCUUGCAUAAAUAAUUUCCUAUUCAUCUUGAAUAAAAAUGAAGCCCUAACCCUAAUUCUAGUUCAUAAUUCAGAACACAGUUCAUUCAAUGGAGCCUUCAAAUCAAAGCGAUAAAACCGAUCAAAAAGAUGAUUGCUUCUUCGAUGGGCUCGAGGAUUUUCCGUUUCAUGACUGUGCCGUUGCAGACCAAUCAGAUCAAUCCACUUCAGAUUCCACUCUCUGCGAAUCCUCACUUGAAGUUUCUUAUCCGAUCACCACUCUCCGGCGCCGGUUGUCAUCUGGUCAUGGAAUUUGCAAUGGAUCCAAAGACUUCAAUACGGAGUCCUUCUGUAUCAAUUCAGACAUUACCCAAACUUACGACUCCAAAACGAAAUACAAAGAGAAAAGACACAGGUUUUUUCGCGAUUUAAAUGAACGCGAGAGGAAUUUGGACUUUUCUGAGUCGACUCGGUGGAUUCCGGACCGAGUGGACUCUGUUGAAGUUACAAGCAAAGUAUGCGAUGAUGACAAGAAGGUGAAAUCGAUAGUGAAUGAUGACCGGCUUAUUGACUCCGUAGAAAUGGUCGAUGAACUUGGGGACUCGGCCUCUGGAAAUUUGCUUGAGUUUAUAGCCGGAUUGGUGAUUAAGGCAAUUGUGUUUCAAGUUAGUUUAUUUGUUAAAUUUAUUACGUUUCCCAUAUGGACUUUACAUUUCUCCUAUAUGUUUGUUAUUGACCCCGUUGGAGCCAUGAGGCGUGGCAGAGGAUUUAUCGUGAAAAAUUUGAUCGGGUUAUUGAACUUGAUAAGUGGGUUUUUAAGUCCACUGAUAACCGGCUGGUUAAAGGAACAUAUGUUGAUAUGGAAGCUUUUGGUGCGAUUUGGGUGGGGGAUGAUCUGGUCUUUUUAUGUUUGUAUUAUUUUGUGUGGAUUAUUGGUUUUCUCGAUGAUGGUUAGUGGCUCUUUGAUCAGAAAUUUGGUGGAGAAUCCAGUGCAGAUGAAGGAAGAAUUGAAUUUUGAUUACACACAGAAUAGCCCUGUUGCAUUUGUGCCAAUAAUGUCAUGUCGUGGUGUUGGUUGUAGUGUAAAUUGUGAAGAAAAGAGUUUGGGGCCACGGGUUAUACCACCUAAUCAUAAGUUGGAAGUUAAUGUUCUAUUAACAUUGCCAGAGUCUGGAUAUAACAGAAAUCUUGGGAUUUUUCAGGUCCGGGUGGAUUUCCUGUCUGGAGAUGGUAAAACCCUUAGCAGCAAAAGACAGCUGUGCAUGUUAAAAUUCAGAAGCGAACCUAUCCGCUUCCUACUAACUUUCUUUAAGCUAGCACCUCUGGUCACUGGCUACAUGUUAGAAUCCCAAAUUCUAAAGGUAAAGUUUAGAGGUUUUAAGGAAGGAGAUGUGCCUACUUCCUGCCUAAAAGUGAUAAUUGAGCAACGAGCUGAGUUCCGGCUUGCAGGUGGGAUCCCAGAAAUAUAUGAUGCAUCCCUUAUACUUGAGUCUGAACUUCCUGUAGUAAAAUGGAUUAUAUGGUCCUGGAAGAAAACCAUGUUUGUAUGGAUCACCAUGAUGUUGUUUAUAAUAGAAUUGUUGUUCACCCUAAUCUGUUGUAGACCUGUAAUUAUUCCGAGAACUAGGCCAAGAGAUGUUCCUGCUGUCAACAAUUCAACUCCAAAAAAUCUCUCAGAACUAGGUUCGGGACAAGGUUUUCACGUGUCAGAUGGUAACGCUGAAAGUAAAGAUUGAACCUCCAACUGCAGUAGUACAUUUUCUGGACCAUAUACUCAUUUAAGCUGCUUUCAUUAUAAACUUUUCAAGCCAUGAACGGAACCUCAGAGCAACUUUUUGUUCUUUCUGUUGUAGAAUAUUUCUGUGCAACUUAAGCUGAAGCAGCUUACAUUGUAACACAGUUACCCGGAACGUGGUCGCAACCGGUCGAGAUAUGGUUAUGGAAACGUGAUUGGCCACUUGGUUAUUUUUUGAUAUUUCAGGGAUAGGCUUAGUCAGUUUGCUUUUUCGGGAUGCCACGAUUGAAUCGAAAUUUGAGUUCAUUGAGUGAAAAAUGACAAUCUGUACGCUAGUUUACCCAUUUAUUUGUACUUUUAAAUAUAUGUUAUAUACGUUAUAGAUAAAUAAUAAAUAAAAUAAUUUGUUUAAUUUUAAAUAAA